AUGGGCACCACUACCGAGCAAAAGAUAGCUCUGCUCCUUCUUGGAACCAUCUGGGUUCUUCUUGGUACCUGCAAUGCUGCUGAAUUCACCCCUGCAGACAACUACCUCAUCAACUGCGGCUCCACGGUCGACGCUAAUCUCCACGAUGGGAGGGUCUUCAAAGCAGACAAUUCCGGCUCGACUAUAUUGACAUCACAUCACAGCGUCCCCGCAAACACCUUGCCGGAUGCAGUCAUAAGUUCUGACAAUCCUGUGCUGUAUCAAACUUCAAGGAUAUUCAUUGUGCCGUCGUCCUACUCCUUCAAGAUGAAGAGCCGUGGCCGGCAUUUUGUCCGGCUACACUUCUUCAGUUUCAGAUACCAGAGCUAUGAUCUUGCCGCGGCAAAGUUCAAAGUGUCCACGCAGCAUGUUGUGUUACUUGACAAUUUCACUCCGCCGAGCAAUUCCUCACCAUUGGUCAGGGAGUAUUCGCUGAAUAUUACCGAGGAUAUGCUGAUUCUCUCAUUUGUGCCUCAGGGAAACAGCACAUCUUUCAUCAGUGCUAUUGAAGUAAUAUCUGUUCCUGAUGAUCUGAUACAGGAUUCAGCGCAAACUGUGAAUCCCUCCGGCCAGUAUCUCGGCCUUGCAACGCAGUCAUUUCAGACAUUCUACAGGAUUAAUGUGGGUGGACGGGAGGUGACCGUUGUCAAUGACACACUCUCGCGUUCAUGGGAUACUGACCAGAACUUCUUCCUAAAUUCCACUACCACUGAACUAUUUGCUUACCAAGGGAAGCUGAAUUAUCAGAAAGGAGCUGCAACCAAGGAGGAUGCACCGGACAGUGUGUACAACACUGCAAGGCGGUUGGCUGUGCAAAAUAGAACCAGCCCAGCGUCCAACAUGACAUGGCAAUUUGAUGUUGACGGUCGUUCGAGCUAUCUGAUCCGGUUCCAUUUUUGUGACAUAGUGAGCAAGGCAGCAUAUUCCCUCUACUUUGAUAUUUAUGUGGAUGGCGGGUUAGCGUUAGAAAAUCUUGACCUCUCUGAAAAAGUUUUUGGUACCUUGGCUGUGCCAUACUACACGGAAUUUGUCUUGAAGUCAAGCAAUCCUUCUGGUAAGCUAAGUGUCGGCGUUGGGCCUUCCAGCUUGAACAAUGUGGCGCCAGAUGGCAUCUUGAACGGCCUGGAGAUCAUGAAGAUGAACAUCAGUACUGGCACUAUUUAUGUUGUGUGGCCACCAGCACCGCCAAAAAGGAAACUGGCUAUCAUAUUGGGCUCUGUUCUCGGAGGUGUUGGUGCUGUUAGCAUUGCUAUUAUUCUCUGCUUUGUCCUCAGAAGAAAGAAGAAGGAGAAGAAGCCGCGGCGGGCACCGACAAGUCGACCUUCAAGUUCUUGGUCACCACUUACCCUCAAUGGCCUUAGCUUCCUUACCGUAGGUACCCGAACAACCAGCCGGACCACUCAUACAUCUGGGACAAACAGUGAUGUAAGCUACCGAAUUCCUUUUGCUUUGCUGCAAGUGGCAACAAAACACUUUGACGAGCAGAUGGUUGUCGGAGUUGGGGGGUUUGGGAAGGUAUACAAAGCAGUUCUGCAGGACAGCACCAAAGUCGCAGUCAAGCGGGGCAACCAGAAGUCCCACCAAGGGCUCAAAGAAUUCCGGACAGAGAUCGAGCUGCUGUCGGGGCUGCGACACCGUCACCUCGUGUCGCUCAUCGGAUAUUGCGAUGAGCAGAACGAGAUGAUCUUGGUGUAUGAGUACAUGGAGAAAGGCACGCUGAAGAGUCACCUGUAUGGCAGUGACAUGCCUCCCCUCAGCUGGAAGAAAAGAGUGGAAAUCUGCAUAGGGGCUGCAAGGGGGCUCCACUACCUGCACACAGGUUUUGCAAAGUCGAUCAUCCAUCGUGAUGUCAAGUCGGCAAACAUUCUCCUCGACGAAAAUCUCAUGGCCAAGGUUUCUGAUUUCGGUCUCUCGAAGACGGGACCUGAGUUGGAUCAGACACAUGUUAGCACUGCGGUGAAAGGGAGCUUCGGGUAUCUUGACCCUGAGUACUACCGGAGGCAGAAGCUGACCGACAAAUCGGAUGUGUACUCAUUUGGCGUGGUCUUGCUGGAGGUGAUCUGCGCGAGGCCAGUCAUCGACCCGACGCUUCCAAGAGACAUGAUCAACCUUGCAGAAUGGGCAAUCAAGUGGCAGAAGAGGGGAGAGCUUGGUCAGAUUGUCGAUCAACGGAUCGCUGGGACAAUCAGGCCAGAGUCAUUGAGGAAGUACGGUGAGACGGUCGAGAAGUGUCUUGCGAAUUACGGCGUCGACCGCCCUACCAUGGGUGAUGUACUGUGGAAUCUGGAGUUUGUGCUCCAGCUGCAGGAGGCCGGCCCGGACAUCUCCAAUGUCGACAGCAUGAAUCAGAUCUCUGAACUUCCUUCAGACGCCAGAAGGAUGGGCUCUCUGGAGAUCCGCACCGCAGACGAAGCAGACGAAAGCCGCACAAACAUGGAUUACUCUCAGAUGUCGACCAACGAUGCCUUCUCGCAGCUGAUGAACACUGAAGGGAGGUGA